ACACACACACACACACACAGGUUUCACUGCUGGCAGUCCUGGGGUCCAUUGGUCUCCUAUUUGCCAUCAUGUUCACUCCACACACUCCCGAGAAUGUUACCAAGAGACUCGGUUUCCUCUGUGCCUUUGGUGCAUGCACUGGUGUUAGUCUGGGACCACUUCUUGGUGCAGUUGCUGACAUCCAGCCAAGUAUCAUCCCAACGGCAUUCCUUGGUUCGUGUGCCAUAUUUGGUAGCCUCAGUCUUGCCGCUCUGUAUGCCGAGAGGAGAAGUAUGCUGUUCUUGGGAGGUUUUCUGAUUUCUGGACUCAACAUGUUGGUGAUGAUGCUGUUCUUCAAUAUCUUCCUGGGAUCUUACAUGGUCUUCCAGCUGGAUGUGUACGGUGGUCUCAUUCUGUUCUGUGGGUUCGUUCUCUUUGACACCCAACUGAUUGUGGAGCGAUUCAACAACGGAGACGACGACUACGUCCGUCACUCUCUCGACCUCUUCCUCGACUUCAUCAACAUCUUCCGUCGUCUGCUCGUAAUCCUGGCCUCCAAGGUUUGUUUACUCUUGUGAGACC